CUGACUCCCCGGUCAGUCUCACUAUUGUGGUCUCUGCGGGGUAGAAUUUUUUUCAAACCUCGUCUAACAACGCUGUCCACACCUAUACCAAAAUACUUUCUCAACAGGGGUAUCCACUCGACAAACAAUCUAGCUAUUCCUACAAACGUCAUGAGUACUCCUGUGACAGCUCCGUUUGGCCAAUGGAAGAGCCCGAUCAGCUCUACCUUGCUUGGCGCUGACGGUGUUCAAUUUGAAUCCAUCGUGACAACAAAUGGAAAGGUUUAUGUCAAUGAAAGUCGCCCCAAAGAGCAGGGACGAAGCUGCAUUGUCGAAUACUCUGGUGGUGAAGGACGCGAUAUCUUACCGGCCAAAUAUGACGCUAGUACCAAAAUUCAUGAAUAUGGCGGCGCAUCGAUGAUUGCUUCCAACGGGCAUAUCAUCUUUUCUGAUCGAGCGACACAGGAUCUGUAUAAGCUUGACCCCUCCACAGGUAAUGUUGAGCAGGUCACCAAGACAGACACUGCUCUCCGCUAUGCAUGUACCUCGGUUAUGGGCUCUUCGUCGGAUAGCGAUGGCCAGGCAGAUUCGGGAUGGCUAUUGGCGAUCGAAGAGGACCACACCAAGCCCUUGCCGUCGGAAGUUCGGAAUCGACUCGUUGCGAUAAACAUGCAAUCCAAAGAGAUAGUCAACGUCGCCUCUGGCGAUGACUUCUACAGCGCUGCUCAAUUUUCUCCCGAUGGCAGCAGGGUGUGCUGGAACCAGUGGUCUCAUCCAGAUAUGCCUUGGACAGGAGCCCGCCUAUAUGUGGCUAAGUGGAACAAUGGUCAGGUCACCGAUGUUCACCAUGUGUCUGGUGUGCCUAAGAAGGAAAGUGUUAGCCAGCCACGAUGGGGCGUCGAUAACACAUUAUACUUCACGAGUGAUCGUUCGGGGUAUUGGCAACUCUAUCGGUAUCACUUUGAUACUUCAGAAUGCCAGCGAGUGGCCCUACAUGGCCUGGAAGAAGUGGACUUUUCUCAGCCAGACUGGCGUCUAGGAAACUGCACAUACCUGUGUUUGAGUCCAACCUUGAUGAUCGCGUCGUACACAAAGAAUGCUCGAUGGAGCUUUAUACGGAUAGAUCUGUCGAACGACUCCUGGCAAGACAUGAAUGUGCCAGUGACAGACACGAUUAUUCUAGCCGAUACUCCCCUUUCAGACACGAAAAUAGCCCUUCUUGGUUCCAGUGAGACAACCUUCAGCACUGCUUUUACAUUGGACAUCGCCGACACUAUCACGCUCAAUGUACUCAAGGCAGCUUCCGAGUUCCCCAUGCCAAGUGGUCUUGUUUCGAAGCCCGAGCAUAUAUCCUUUCCAAGAGUGCAAGGCAAGAACUUGGAGGGGAUGGCACAUGCCAUCUUCUAUGAACCUCAGAACCCAGAUUAUCUGGCACCCUCCGGAACACUGCCGCCUUUGAUCGUCUGUGUCCAUGGCGGACCAACCUCUCAAACUGGAACCGGCCUGAAUAUCACGGACCAAUACUGGACUUCUCGAGGUUAUGCUGUAGUGUGGGUAAACUAUGGUGGUAGCUCUGGAUAUGGUAGAGCAUAUCGGGAUAUUUUGAACGGGCAAUGGGGAAUCAUCGAUACAGCAGAUGCUGCUAGCUGUGUGUCUUAUCUUGCAUCCACUGGCCGAAUCGACCAAAACGGAAUCGGCAUUCGCGGUCAAAGUGCGGGCGGAUACAUCGUACUCCAAGCUCUUUGUGACUACCCGAAUCUCUUCGCGGGUGGUAAUUCUCUGUACGGGAUAGGCAAUGUCAGGACUCUCUGUGAGGAUACUCAUAAAUUCGAGAGCCAUUACGCAUUCGCCUUGCUGUUUGAUCCUGGUGCAGAUGAAGAUGAGAAAAACCGCAUUUUCAGCGAACGCAGCCCCUGUCUCAAGGCAGACAAAAUUACUGCGCCGCUGCUGUUGCUUCAGGGAGACGAGGAUUUGGUCGUUCCUCUAAACCAAGCUGAGGAAAUGGUCGAAAUGAUGACAAAGGCAGGUCGUGAGUCCAAGCUGGUGGUUUUCCAUGGAGAAGGACAUGGAUUCCGGCAGGCAGAGAGUCGGAUAACGGCUGUGGAAGAGGAGGAGAAGUGGUGGAAGAAAGCUCUGUUGAAGAUGGAUCCAGCGGACUUUUGA